CCGUGCGGCGGGCGCGGAGCCGGAGCCGGACCCGGCGGGAUCAGCGGUACCAGCGGCGGCGCGGGGCGUCGGUAGCGCUCGGCUCUGGCUCUGGCGCGGCGUCUCCUCCACCCCCUCGUGAGCCUGGGGAACCUGCAGCUCAAAGCCGCCGCCAGCCACACCACCAUGUACCCCGGCAACAAGCGGAAAAAGCUGUGGCGGGAGGAGAAAGAGCGCUUGCUGAAGAUGACCUUGGAAGAAAGACGCAAAGAGUACUUGGGGGAUUAUGUUGCAUUGAAAACUAUUCCUACGUGGAUGGAAGACUUAAAAAGUAAGAGCGAAAGUGAUGGUGAAAACGCUAAAGAAGAUCUGCAGGGGAAGAAAAGCCUGAGUGAGAAAGUUUCCCUCUACAGAGGUGACAUUACGCUGCUUGAGGUUGAUGCCAUCGUUAAUGCUGCUAAUUCCAGCCUUCUUGGAGGUGGAGGAGUGGAUGGCUGCAUACACCGAGCUGCCGGGCCCUGCUUAGUUGCCGAGUGUCGUAACCUGAGCGGCUGUGAGACCGGACAGGCCAAAAUUACCUGUGGAUACGACCUACCUGCAAAAUAUGUGAUCCACACUGUUGGGCCGAUUGCAAGAGGCCAUCUCACCGAAACUCAUAAAGAAAACUUAGAAAGUUGCUAUAAGUCUUCUCUGAAACUGGCAAAAGAACACAACAUCAGAUCAAUCGCAUUUCCCUGCAUUUCAACUGGAAUUUAUGGUUUUCCAAAUGAGCCUGCUGCUGUCAUCGCCCUUAACACUAUUAAGGAAUGGUUAAGCAAGAAUCACAAUGAGGUGGAUCGUAUCAUCUUCUGCGUCUUUUUGGAGGUUGACUACAAAAUUUUCAAGAAGAAAAUGGGCGAGUUUUUCCCACUAGAUUAUGCUAAUAAAGAAGGGGCUCAGCUGAGUGAAGAGACAGAAGGCCAGCCUCCAUCUCCCACAAAGAGCGAAGAAGAGCAGCCUGAGGACCUGCAGGAUGAUGCCGAAGGUGGUAAUGGUGCAGUGGAUAAGCGAAACACUGAUGAAAGCAAGACCCAGAGCCAAGAAGCAGGUGAAACAAAACCUUCAGCUGUAGCCAGCCUAUCAUCAGAAGACAUGGAGCUGAGUGAGAAUAAAGAUUCCCCAAAAGACUCCAAAGGCACUCAGAAGGGUGAUUCGGUGCAUCCUGUGGUGUGUGAACAAGACCAAGACAAAGCAGGACAACAGGAUGUUUCUGCAAGUGAGGAGGUAAAAACUGGGUCAGAUUCCCAAGGCUCCUGCAUGGAAAUAGAAGAUCCACUGUUGAACCAAGAAGACACAACAGAAGCUGAGAUACCUUUGAUUCGUGGUGCAGAGGAAAAGGAAGAGGCAAAAGAAGAAGAAGAGGGAGGUGAACCUAUUAUAAAACAGAUGGAGACAGAGAAUGCUGCAGGACUGAUGUUAUCCUUUUCUGUUGUGAGGAAACAUGGAAAGGGCACAUAAAAGUGCUUUUCUUCCUAAGGAAAAAACUUCUGUUGUCUUAUCUUUGAGUGUAGUUUUGAUGUAUUGGACUUGGAUUUGUAUAAGAAGCUAAGUGCAAAAAAGUGCCCACUCAGGUUCAAAAGCGGCAUUUUUAAAUACUCUUCUCGUGUUUGGUUUUUUGCAUUUGAGUGCAUAAUGCUGAUUAAACAACCAAUUUAUGUCUAUAUAA